AUGUUGUUUGACGACUUUGAUGUGGAUGCUCUCUUGGACGCUCAGAGUAGCGAUGACGAUGGAAACGAUUUACCAGAAGUCGAGCGAUCACUCGAUGACAUUCUUAAUGACGAUGUUGACGAAUUCGCUGAUGUCCUUGGGCAUUCUGUUCCCGUCAGGUCGGCCUCCACUGGAGCUCGUGAGCCCAAUAGUUUCGACUUCGAUCCUGCCACAAACGACGAGCAUGCAGCCUCAAAACUGGACGGGGAGCUCUUAGACGAAGGUCUUUACGGGCUAGAAUCUCAUCGAUAUGGAGAUAACAUGUCCGGAGCAGCAAGUGGAAUAUUGAGUACCAGCAUAGAAGCUAACCAGAAGAAUCGUUCCAUGGCGGACACUAGUAUCGUUGCAAGUAGCAGUAAUGACUAUCCUGAAAAGGAGCCUCCACCCCAGACCUCUCUUGCCCAAAAUUCACCACGUUUUGUUGAGGCGGGGAUUGAUUUUCAGGGAAAAGGUGAGAGUCAAAUUCGUUCAGGGGAGGAUGGAGUUGAGUCAGAAGCUACUGGAAGGGGUGGGAGGGUUGGAACAAUCAGCGGUUGUGAGAGCUAUGGGAGGCCUUCUGCACCAAUCUCAGUGGAUAAGCCCCCUCCCGCUGCCGGGAGCAACUUUAGACGGAGACCUGGGGCAGCAUUUGCUGCAGCUGCAGUCGCAUCACGUCAGAUGGGCCCUUCUGACUCUGCCGCAUCGAAAUUUGCCAAAACCUUCGCUACACGGCAAAUGUUCAUACUUCGUCAGACCUCGGAGUACAAUAGAUCAGAGGUGAAGAGGAUGAGUGGAUACCUCAAGAGUGCAGAUCAGUGUCUGGAUAAAGCAGAAAAUCUCAUUUCUACCAUUGCCGACUUGCAACAGCAGGGGUCCAGUUCUUCAAAUUCUUCUCUUUCAGAACUUGCUACAGGACAGAACGAUGCCGACGAAGAUGAUCAUCCACUUUUGUCUUCGGGAGUGGUUGAUGAUAGUUCCUCCUCAAACGAUGUAUUAGAAACAGAUGAUGAAGAUAUUGAUGAUGGAUAUCGAGCCCGUGAUCCCGUAGAACUCGAGCAUCAGACCCACGUAAUCCGCACCAUUUCAAUUGAGCAAAGUGUAUCGGUAGACACAGUGGAGCCAGAGUCAACUGAUGUAGCUUCUUUAAAUACUUGGAUCGAGGGGAUGCAAGAACAUGUAAUUGCCAGCACACUUAAUACCCAUCCGCAGGCCAUCAAGAUAUCUUCGCUGAGAACUUCAACCGAAUCAGAUGAUGAGCAAGCAUCUUCAGACGAACUUUUGCAGCAUUCGGAUAUUGCUGAUGUUGAGAGCCAAGAAGAGAUUCGGAUUAUUGAGGAAGAGCCACAGCGGACGACUUUACAAAUUGCAGAAGAGAGAGAAAAGAAAGCUGCCAGUUCAGGUUUACAUUGGGAAGAAGGAGCAGUUGCCCAACCCAUGAGACUCGAAGGGAUUCAAAGAGGUGACCCUGCCAUUGGUCUUCUGCAGCUUGAUUCAGGAGGAUCUUUGUCCUUCGCUCUGAAGUCAGCCGACCUGCGACGUGACCAUGGAACAUCCCAAGCUCUGGCUGUACACAGUAAUUUUAUCGCCAUAGGAAUGUCAAAGGGACCCGUAUUAAUCAUCCCCAGUAAGUACUCGACAACAAAAAGUGCAGAUGAAACUGAUGCCAAGCCUUAUAUUUUGAUUCCCCCGGCAUCAGAGAAACAUCAAAUGGUGGUUUCUUCCCUGUCAUUCAAUCAACAAGGAGACUUACUACUAGUUGGAUAUUCCAAAGGCCACAUCAUUCUCUGGGAUGUGCAUAAAGCGUCUGUGGGUAGACACAUCGAGAACAAAAACGGUGUACCAAUCGUACAUGCAGUUUUCGUUGGGCAGGAUGUUACAGCCUCUCGCACUAUCAGGGCCAUUACUGCGGAUUCCAGGGGGCAAACGUUACUUCUCAAUUUUACGCAGAUUCCAGUUUUACGCAGAUCCUCUUUAAACACAGCGGUACUACUAGAUGGACAACGCACUGGAGUUGUGCUGUCACUUGCCCCAUUGUUACCAAAUGAAGGGACUCAUAUUCCUGGCAGUGCAAGUGCAUCACCAAGUGGAAUAUCUUCGUCUCCAAUAAAUCUUGAAUGA